CACCUUAGCCAUACAACAUUCGGGGAAGGCUCAAAAUUGAGAACUGUGAGCGUUAAAUUAAAUUAUGACUUUUAUGUUAAAGGAUGACCAGACGCUGGCAAAAACAAAGGGAAUUAGUACAGAAAGCAAUUCUGAUGUGCUCAAAGGUAAAGAAAAGAUACAAACAAGUUUAGAAAAACUAAGUAUGAAAGAUCAGUCUUCUGUGAAUGGUGUCCAGACACAGGUGGAAAAAACAAAGGGGCUUGAUAUAGAAAGAAAACUUGACGUGCUCGGAUGCAAAGAAGAGAUACAAAUAAGUUUAGAAGGACCAAAUAUGAAAGAUCAGUCUUCAGUGAAUGAUGACCAGACGCCGGCAAAAACAAAGGAAAUUAGUAUAGAAAGCAAUUCUGAUGUGCUCAAAGGUAAAGAAAAGAUACAAACAAGUUUAGAUAAACUAAGUAUGAAAGAUCAGUCUUCUGGGAAUGUACGUUUUAUUGAUUCUGACAAUUUUAAGUUUAAUCAUACCACCAUUCAAGCACACAAAAUUAGGCGAAGGCUCUUUACUCAAAUGUGUAUUGUAAAUUAGAUGAAGG